CUGCUGCCACGCCGCCCUCUCCCCACUUCUCCUCGCCCACGUCGCCAUCUCUCCACUUCUCCUCUUCUUCCACCUCCUAAUCCAUCUCAAUCCAUCUAAUGGGAUCCCUCCAAUCCGUCCGCUGAUGUGCAUCGCCUCAAUCUCAUGAAUGGGGAUUGAUUGGCUUGGUGUGCGGACUGACGAAGACUCAGCAGGCGGGCGGGCGGGCGGGCGAUUGGAGGCCGUGGAGGUCGGGGACAGAGACCGGCCGGCGUGUGCGUUGGGGCCAACGGCGGCGAUUGGGCGGGAAGGUCGGAGGAAUCGGCUGCUGCAACGAGCAAUUUCGUCUCCAACCUACAGGUGGAUUAAUUAGAGCAAGCACGAGUACAGCCAUCCUGCCCAGGGUAGCUGCGCCCCAGAAUUGGAUCUCAUUGCAUGCUUGAUAUUGGCGAAGUAUCUUGUGAAAUAGGUAUUCAGUGAAAAUCUGAAAGUUCCUACAUGGACCCUCAGAUCUGUAACGAACGCCACCGAUUAAAGGUGGGAUCCUUAACUAUCCACUUAAGCGCAAUUAGCAGAUAACCCUCUAUUCUCUAAGUGAUUAGACAAAAUCAUCUUGUAAUUCCCCAACUCCGAGACUUCCUGCAGCAACGAGGCCCGAGGCGAGGCGGCCACAACCUUUGUUAUCUAAAGAAUUGUACCUCAACUAUUUAGUUGUCUGAUGAAACGUUCAGCACAACCUCUGUUCUCUGAAGAAUUGUACAAAUGCUGAAGCUUUUGCACUAAGAUUUAUUGUUCUGUUAGUGCUACAGCUAUUCAACUCCCCUGUAGUUUUUCGAUGGUGAUGAAUAUACUAGAAAACCUGAAGCAUCUCGCUGCAGAUUCUGUCAUGACCUCAGGAGAUAUCAAGGCACUGUGUAGCCGCUUUCCUAACUGCAUCUUCCAGCUUGCUGGUACAGGAAGUAACAUAGUGCAUUGAUUUAGCUGUGCUAACUCAGUCAUCGGGGCUUUGUAAUGUUUUGCUGAGGCUUGACCCUCUGUUUAUUUCUAAUCUUGCUUGUAAAGAUUGUAAACUGAGCUCAUGUUUCGCAAACUGAAAAUCUGAAGCAUCUCGUUGAACAUUGUGUCAUGAGCUCAAGAGACAUCAAGGUGAUGUGUAGCCAUUUGCCUAACUGAAUGUUCCAGCUCUCUGUAAUAGUGUACGAGUUAGCUACGCUAGCUCGAUCAUAAGGGCUGUGUAAUGUUUGGCUGCGGCUUGUCCCUCUGUUUGUUUCUAAUCUUGCUUGCAAAUACUGAAAAUUGGGCCCGGAGGGCCGGUUGCUGUCGUGGGAGGACCCAUCGCUGCCGUCGGAGGGAAGGGCAUGGCUCAAGUCGCCACCGAUGGAUGAUGAGCUGCAGCGGACGGAGGCCUUGUUGCUGCCAUAGGAGGGGCCAUCGCUGUCGUCGCAAGGCAAGGGCUAAUGGCCGCCGAAACGUGAUUCUCCAUGGAAACGUGAUUCACAAGGUCACUCUACCUGAAAGAGAUAACCAUCUCCAAUGUGAAUCUUAUAAUGUCCUUAAACAAUCAAAUGAUGAUGUGCAGGAGCCACGAACUACCAUGCAGGAGCCGCAACAAACCAAAUCGAAAGAGGGUUGUGGCAGUGCACCUUUACCACAUGAACAUGUGAUCACUAAGAAUGCCCAUGCUGAAAAUAAUCUUGCCGUGCAGCAAGGUGGUCCUGAACUAAGUUUACGACUUCACCAAGUUACUAAGCAGAAUGCUCAUGCUCAAAAUAGUAAUGCAACCAAGCCAUGUGGUCAUCACCAAGUCACUAAGCAGGAUAAAGUUGAAGUCGUGUUGUAUUCAAUGAACCCGAGAAACAAAGACAAACUCGUGGCCACAGGAACUUUAGCGAGUAAAGAGAAAACGUAUGUGGUUGGAGGAAACAUGCUUGGAGUGCAAUAUGUUGCAGUUCAUGUUCGCGGAUGUACAUAUCUAGGAGAUGAGAAACUAGUUAGACCAUAUGAAAAAUUCCAAACAGUAAGGGAUGCCGUGGGUUCUGUUAUUGCUUGGCCUCGCUCACAUGUAAAAAUAGUUAGGCCAACUCCUCCAGCACAACCACAAAGCAUUGGGCGGUGAGGAUUUGAAAAGUGAGUGCAUUAAAGGAGCUAGGAGUGGCUGGGUAGUUGACGAUUUGAAAAGGGAGUGCACUAGAGUCAGGAGCAGUUGACGAAUCUAUCUUUGAAUGAACAAAUAUUCUGGAUUAUGUAUAGAUGUUAGCUUCAUAGAGAAAAAUAGUUCCAGUCUAUAGGAUCUUUUCUUAUUUAUUUUCAUGAUCGCAUGUUUCAUAUCAAUGUUUGAUAUUAUUCAGCUGUGAA